AUGUCUGCUGUCGGAAAAUUGACCUCAUCGCUCACCAAGUUGUCUAACGCCACUGUUUACUGGUCGAAGGUUGCCGUUGAAGUGGGUAAGAUUGUGUACAAGAAGGAAGCAUUGGCUCCUCCAUCCAGUCAACAAUUCCAACAAGUUUACCAAAGUUGGAUUAAGUUUGUCAAGUCUCCUGCUCAACAAAAGCAAUUUUUGGAACAGGCCGGUUCCUUCCAAUUCAGCAAGGCUUGUGCUGCUAAGGCUGCCAUUUAUGGUACUCAAUUGUUAGCUUUCUUCUCAUUGGGUGAAAUCAUUGGUAGAAGACAUAUUGUGGGUUACCCAUCUGUUGGUGGCCACCAAGAACACCACUAG